UAUUUUGGGACUAACAUGUUUUGACUAAGUUUAAAGUUUACUCAAGCGCUAAGCAAGUACUAGUGCAUACCCACACUGUUGCACUCUGCGUCACCUAUGGAAUGCGUCGCAUUGUCCUCGUCCUUUGGAUCAAUAGGAAAACCACCUUUUGUAAUUCAAUAGGGCGGUGGCCAUGUUGGACAUGGAGAAGAAGAGUGGUGGAGUCGAGGAGCUUCGAUCACCUCUACAGAUUUCCCGUGCACCAGCUCCAAAUCUUAUCUGAUAAAGCAAAAAAAAACAUACUUAUCGAUCGAUUCUUUUGAAAUGAAGGUCUCGCUGAACAUAAAAGGAAUCUAAUUAAAACAAAAUGGAGAAAAUGGAGAAAGCGGCAGUGGGACUCAUCAUCGUUGCUUUGUCAGCGGGGACAUUUUUUCACGAUGUCAACGCCGUUGACAAUACAACUAGUACUGCAAUUCUGACAAACACAACCGAUGAGACAGCGUCUACGAACGCAACACUGACCACAACAGCGACAGUAGACGUAUCCUCAACCGCAGGUGAAAAUACAGCUAUAACGACAGCAACGACGACGUCAAACUCGCCGUGCCCGUCGAACACAUUUUGUAAAAACGGACAGUGUAGUCUCAACGCCGAGUCUCAAAUGCAAUGUCAGUGCUAUCAACACUUCUUUGGAACCCAGUGCACUAUUGCCGAUUUGACCACAGUGACCGACAACGUCGAUUCGAGGUCAGUGAGUUUUACAUGGCCGUCCACGCCGUCACUUUCGGGGUACUCGUUUCUAUACUACGAGACGGCCGUGACGAACGGUGACGCCCGCACGGCGCCUGUAACGGUAACCUCACGCUCAGCGACGCUGUCGGGACUGAACGCUGGGAUGGUUCUUUACGUGGUAUGUCUCGUGCCGACGUCCACAAUUACCGGGAUGACCCGCGACCAGCUAAGAUCAGACGCGUUUAGGACUGCUAAUAAAUGCGUGAAAGUGCGGACGGGAUACGAUGCGACAGACCCUUAUACUGUCUCAUUCUACGUGAUACUCAGUGUUCUUGGUGGGGUGCUGUUGCUGAUAUCUGCCCUGGGUUGUGUUGCAGCCUGCGGGAGAAGAAUGCUCGACUCCGAGAAGUCAAAAUCAUGGAAAUGGGUACAGCGUUUAUCGGCAACUUUAAAUCGGCGCAGUGGGUCAAGAUCAGGAUCCGGGAAACAAUCACAGCAGCUGGACCAAAAUGGGAAAAACCUGAGGACGUGAUCAACCAUUAAGGUCCCCUUGACCAAGGAGUUAUAACUCCUUGCCUUGACAGAGGGCAGUAUGACAUACUGGGUGUGGGGUGGAUGUGGAUCCCCCUCCCCCCCCCCUUCUCUGCACCCCCUGACAAUAAUGGCGGGUAUUUUUGAAAUAUCGUCUCAUUACUACAUGUAAAUCAUUACUGAUGCUUAGAAGCUGACAAUAAAAUGCAAUAAAGUCUAUAGAUUCAGUCGCGUUUGUGAAGAAUUGAUUGCAAAAAAAGAGCAAAAUUUAUGUGUAAAGGGAUAUCAACGCAUCGUAUGAAAUCCAUAUUUCACAAUAAAUACACAGUAACGAA